GUGUGUGUCUCCAAAUAUUUUGACGAUGGCUUCUCCAAUCUGGACAUAGGAAAGGAGGACACUAGUCUUUCCAUUGCCAACAGCAAUAAUAGCAUAUCAUCAUCCUGCCAGCCUAAAGGUCUCGAUGUCAACCAUGUCCAGUCACAGAACAAGAUUCUUCAGAGCCCCUGAAUCUGGUUUGAGACAUCAAACACCAGGACAUGUCCAAAGAUUAGCUCUUUGGAGGGCUAUGAAAAUGGACUCUGAGCCUUCCAAUAUAGGAGAAGUGGAAGAACUCUCACUGCAGACCAUUGCAGCAUUACCAACCCCUCAAGUUGAUACGACCAAGUCUCCGUCAAACCUCCACUUCGAUAGGGUGCAGCAAUUGGAUCGGGAGUUGUGGCAAGAGAACAUACAAGAGUUCGGACAAUUUGUGGCACGAGAGGCCUUGCUCGACGAAGAAUACUGGACAGCAGCAUGGCUGCGGGCGGAGAGUCAUUGGGAAGACCGAGCGAAUGACCGAUACGCCCUUAAUUUCAAAAGGAAAUUUGCCGAGCAGGAAUUCAAUGCCAUAAAGAGGCGACAUAGAGGACGAAACGGGCAGAAAUGCAUGUGCAUUGUCACGGUCAAGAAGGAACACGGUAAUGUCAACCGGAUGAUCCUGAAAAGCAUAGUCGGAACGCUCGACUUGAGCAUCCAGUACUUGCUACAUGGAGAGACUUUUCCCGGGGAAAGGGUGAGGGAUCCUCUGUUCGGCCGCAUCAAUGAAGCAGGACCGGCCAGAUACGGCUACAUUGGAAACCUGUGCGUGGCCAAAUCAGCUCGUCGCCAGGGCAUUGCAAGCAACAUGAUGAGUUUUGCGCUCGAAUCGUCAAAAAGAACCGCAGGAGUGGAGCAAGUUUAUAUGCACGUGCAUAGAGAUAACGGUCCUGCACAAGAAUUGUAUGCGAAGAUGGGAUUCAAGAUGGUUGAAGAGGCAGCUGCACAAUUGGUAGAAGAGCCGACUCACUUACUCUGCCUGGAGAUCUGAACAGUGCUGCGGUAUAAGUACUUUGAUUUUAACAAGUGCCAUGAAGC